AUCUUUAGCCAUCCCGGAAGGAAAGUUGCAGUAGUCUGCGAAAACGCCACAUGAAAAUCAUGUGCCUCAGCACUUCAUCCAACAGACUGAUACCAUCUUUACUCUUUACAUAAAAGCUUCAUGGUUCAGUUACGACCACCUUCAUGUUGGCGCUGAAAAUGAGUGAUCACAGACGGAACGCUUUAAAAACAGUUCUUCAGCUGAUGUGUCAACUUCUGUGGGUGGUGGGGUUGGUGGUAGGCCUGAGCGGAGUCUACCUGCUGAUGAAGUACAGACAGAGCAGCUUAUUUUUCUCUCACACCUACAUCACCCUGCCGGCCAUCUUCGCCCUCUCCAGCGCCGCGGUCCUGGUGGUCACCGGCUGCCUCGGCUCCUGGCUGAGCCUCAAAGAUUCCACCUGUCUGCAGGGACUGUUUGUUUAUCUGCUAGUUUUGGUCUUUUGUCUGGAGAGUACAGCUUCAGCGUUGGCUUAUUUUCAAUCAACACAGGUGGAUUCAGAGAUAGCUCCCCUCAGAGGAGUGUUUCAGAAAUACGCAGGCAGCAGACAGGACCCCAACUCCCAUGCAGUGGAUGCUACACAAGCAGAGUUGCAGUGUUGUGGUGUCCACGACUACAAGGACUGGCUGGACACCUCCUGGUUUAACCGUACAGGAGGACACUCAGUUCCCCACAGCUGCUGCAACUCUACCUUCACCUCCUGCAACGGCACUUUGGACCAGCCAUGGAAACUGUACACACAGGGAUGCCAGAUGAAGCUGGAGAUGGUCUUCCAGUUUGUGCUGAGUUUUAUCAUCUGGGGCUCCCCACUGGUGUUUGUGGUUGAGAUUGCUUUGUUUCUGACGAUCGCACAGCUGAUGAGGGAACAACCAUUAAUGGAAUAUCAAGUCCUGGGCAAAAACUAAAGACACUAUGGCAGCUGGGACAGCUCAGUCCAGAUGUAAUGAUCCUACAUAAUAUGUCAUAUCAUAUUGUGUAAACGAGCAUCAAGAUAUAAUAGGGAUGGUUGCUCCUGUGCCUCUCACCCUCACUACUGCUGACUAAUGCAGAUUUACUCCAGUACACUACAAUAUAUUCCAGUUUCAUUGUAUGAUACUACUCUGGUCAUACUAUGGCAGACCGUUCUCAGUGAUGUAAGCAGUCCCUUGUUUCCUACUCUGUAUGCCCACUCUCUGAAUUGAGUGUAUCUGCAUGCAUUACAAUGUAUUGACCAUGUGUAGGCUACUAUUUCCCUACCACACUGUACAUGACCCUGCAAAAACGCACUGAUAAACUAACAUCCUUUUCUAUUUUGAGUUAACAUACAGCUUUACAUCGUACAUGGCAUCUUCAACCAGAUAAUCAAAAUCUCCAAAUUCUUGUUUUAGCCUCAUGGUUGUUGCAAAAUCAAUCACUUUUUAAAAAAAUCUGAAAUAUCUUUUCUCCCUCUGACCUCAUCAAAACACAACAUGUGGUACAAGAAGUACUUAAGUGGUAAUGUUUGCUUUCACCGGAAACACUGCAUGUGUGAUGAUGGUGAUCAGGACAGAAACCACAAUCAAGCUUUGUAGUAUCACUGAACAAUAUUACAUGGUUUGUUAGCAUUAGCAUAGAUGUGUCUAUUUCAGGGAUCAAAUUGGAGACAGAAAAUUCUAAUUGAUUAAGCAAUGCUGAGUAUGUUUUUUUUUAAUUCUAAGAGUACAAAAUCCAAACAGAAUAUCCAAGUAUGUCUAUGACUAAUGCAGUAUUGUUGCAGCAAGCUUUUGUUGUAGGAAAUGUAAUGUAGUUCAAAGCAUAACCUACCUUAUGAGUCUGCUACCGCAUGGUUUAUCCAAAUCAAUCUCUCAACACUUGCAAUAAAAUGUUUAUAGAUCUUA